AUGAAGCUUUCUCUUGCUCUUCUUGGCCUUGCCGUCUCCCAGGCAGUCGGUCUUGCCAUUCCAGACUCUACCCCCGAAAAUACUGAUGUACCGGAUGUCCUUACUUUGACUGAGAGACGCCAUGGUGGAAGCGGCUGUCCAUCCGACAGCAACACCGUCAGAUACUCUGUUGCCAAUGACCGCAGAUCCAUCGUCGUCCACUACCAAUCUCUCAUUGCCCGGAUCAGCGGAAGAACUCAACCUGCUGACGAACGCACCAACUGCCAAGUGAACCUGCAAGUCGCUGGCCGCGACAACUACCAGUUCUCCGUCUCUGGUGCUACGUACUAUGGUGCUGCACGCUUGGAUCCCGGUGUGACUGGCAGACACGGAAGCAUCUACUACUUCUCCGGAAGCCCCGACCAGGCAUUCACUGCUACCGGUAUCUCUGGCCCUCGUCGCGGCAACUACCAUCUCGACAGCGCGCCAAACAAGAGAGUCUGGUCUCCAUGCGGAGAGAGCUACCCCUUCAACAUCAACACCGACGUUCGCAUGGACAGUGACAACGACAAUGCCACCGGUGAGAUGAGCCGAGAGGACGGCGCUGACGGAACCGUCAGACAGGUCAUUUCCCUUGACUGGAGGAGAUGUUAA